CGUUCUCCGUUGAUCCGUUCUUUUUUCCACGUCCGAUUCUACGUGUUGGCACUGCUGCACUUGGUUACCAUUAUUCGUCUGCUAUCUCAGUCAAGACAACACUGAAUCUAGUCUAUUUUCGCCAUGCUGAGAAGAGCAGUUUUACAAACAUUUCGCCAAGGACUAGCUCAAUCCUUCUACAAGAGAAAUGCGGUUUCACUAAGCGAAACUACCGUAACUCACCAACCCAUUGAGACGUCAAAUGAAGCCGAUGAGAAAUCCGUAUCCAAACAAAAGCCCGGCGAUGAAUCUGGGAAUACUGUGGUCGUAGCACCACCUGAAUUCAGGUUUAUGUACCCAGAAUUUCUCCCUGAUCCAGCCAUGGAAAGAAGGAAUAGGCUAAAAGAAAAACUUGAAAGAAUUGACAUGUUACAAAGGAGAUCAGUUGUUGAAAUCCCAGAAUUUUAUACUGGGUCAGUUAUGGCUGUGACUGUUGCUGAUGCAAAUUCUCCAAACAAAUUUGCAAGAUUUGUGGGUAUUUGCAUACAGAGAGGAGGAAGUGGCUUGCGGGCAUGGUUUAUUUUACGAAAUGUUGUGGACAAACAAGGAGUGGAGAUCCUUUAUGAAAUGUACUGCCCCCUUAUACAGAAGAUAGAAGUCCUUAGACUAGAAAGAAGACUGGAUGAAUCCUUGCUCUAUCUGAGAGAUGCACUACCAGAAUAUAGUACUUUCCCAUUGGACAUGGAACCAGAGAGAAGACUAAACAAUUCAGUUGUUCCAAUUAAUCCUCUUAAAGUAAAAUUACGGCCACGACCUUGGCUGGAACGGUGGGAGCGACAGAAUUUGCAAGGAGUAGAAGAUUUGAAUCUUCCGCAACGUUUCUACGACAAAGCCGAAAAAGUUGCAAAACCAUGGGAAAAAUACGAUCUCAUGUUACAGUACAGGAAAACUAUCCCAGCUGAAGAACAAGAGAAGAUAUUUGCCGAUGUUCACUCUCAAUUACAACAACAAGAGUUUAAAAGAAAAAUAAGAAGACGUAGAGGCACGGAUAAUGAACAAUAAUGUCCUGAGUGUAGUAAUAAUAAAAUUUUUCCCUUAUGA